AUGCCCAGAACGUCAGGUUCGAGUUCUUCUAGCUCCAGCGGCCGAGCCCGUGGUUGGGGUCGAGGUCGUAGAGCUCGGGGAGGACAUGCCUCCACGCGUAGGAAUACACGAAAUUCAUCUUCUCAGUCUGGUUCUUCGCUACGCUCGAGUCCCAAUGGCUACAAUCUAACUCGCCAUUACUCAGCUAGACCCGAACUAUACAUUCCCCACGAAGAAGAAAAUCCUCGAAGUAGCUGCGAGCCUGUCCAGCAUGAAGUAGUCAUGGCCAUGGACAUGAAAGACGAUUUUACAAUCGGGUGUGCAUAUUUUUCCACUACAGAUGGAAUCCUCCAAGUUUCGGAAGACAUUUCUGCAGCUUCCUUGGACAUUGCGGGACAGUUUCUCAUCCAUGCUCAACCAAAUAGUCUUCUUGUGUCGGCAAGGGCACCCUCUUCCGAGUUCUCGAUUGAAACGGCACAUGAGCGGCUCGUGGGUUUGAACUCUCAAGCCUUAUCAUCUACUGGUAUCGUGUUCUCAACCGGUAUGGAAGAUGAUGCCAACGAAGAAUCAAUACCGGGACAUCCGUUGCCCGAAUCGUGUGCGUUCCGGUCACUUCGAUACGGAGGGUGUAUAAAUAUGAACAGUCCUGUCUCAGUAGGAUGUGCUGGCGCCCUGCUGGGUGAUAUUCUUCGUCGAAGAUCUGCUGGCUUUCUCCCUGACGGGCAGGUAGCGGGUGUUCUCUUCCGUGUUGCUGACAUCCGCAUGUUCUCACUCUCGUCAUAUAUGUACAUUAGUAACGAUACUCUUUUGUCAUUACAAAUCCUCCAAACUGAAAUGCACCCCAACAGUCAGGCAUGGGGAUCAGAUGCAAAUCAAAGCAAUUCAAAAGAGAGUCUUUCGGUUUAUGGCCUGUUUCAACAUCUAGCUUCUACACCACAGGGCCGUACACAAUUGCGUCGAAUAUUUCUCCGGCCCUUGCUAGACAUCAACAUCAUUUCAGAACGGCAAAGGUCCAUUGCCGUAUUACUGCAACCUGAGAAUGCCGAUAAACUGCCACAGCUGACAUCAACUCUCCGCAAGAUCCGUAAUUUGCACACCACGUUCGCGCAGCUCCGAAAAGGCAUUGAGUUCCCUUCUGCUGGGCAGUCUUUCGAUAAAGGAGUAUGGGGAACUAUCCACAGGUUUACGACCCACGCCCUGACGCUGAGGGAACUCAUAGCAUCACUCAAUGGUGGUUCCGAUGUCGUUCUAUUCAAGCAAGCAAUUGAAGGUAUCCAGCCGCCUGGUCUGGUGGCUGUUAAGGGAAUGAUCGAUAAAACAAUCGACUUUGAGCAAUCCAAGGCACGUCGUCGAUCGUCAGUCAAGGUCGGGAUCGACCCUCAGCUAGACGAACUUAAACGACAAUACGAUGGCAUGGAUAGCUUCUUGACAGAGGUCAUCAACCACGUACAUCGUGAAUUGCCGGACUGGGCACGCAAGUAUGUACAAUCGUGCAUUUUCUUACCCCAAAUCGGGUUUCUCACAGUAGUGGAACCAAACCCUGAUACAGGGAAUGGGCUUUACGAGGGAGAAGGCACUACUCUCGAAGAAUGGGAGAAGCUGUUCAAUACGGACGGUGCAGCAUGCUACAAGAACAGCUACAUGCGAGAGCUGGAUGAAGAAUAUGGAGACAUGUACUGCCAAAUCGGGGAUCGAGAAGUAGAGAUCAUACAUGGGCUGGUCAGCAGAGUGCUAAAGCAUGAGGAACCUUUGCUUUCAGCAUCAGACAUGUGCGGCGAGUUUGAUGCAAUACUUGCACUGGCUCUUGGUGCUGAAAAGUACAAUUGGCGGGGACCGCAGGUCGUGGAAGAAAGCGUAAUCCACAUCGAAGAAGGUCGUCACCCUUUACAGGAGCUUGUUGUACCGGCUUUCGUCCCAAACUCCUGCCACCUCUUUGCAGGGCCACGACGCACUCCAGAAGUGCAAGAUGACUCGCCCCAGGCUAUAAUCCUGACAGGCCCAAACCACUCAGGCAAGAGCGUGUAUUUGAAACAAACGGCUAUUAUUGUGUAUCUUGCUCACAUCGGCAGCUUUGUACCAGCCACUCAGGCUAUCGUUGGGCUUACAGAGAGUAUUCUUACCUGCAUUUCACCUCGAGAAAGUAUGUCUGGGGGCGAAAGUGCAUUUGCGAGGGACAUGAAACAAGCCGCUUUGUCGAUUAAGACAUCUUCACCAAGAAGUAUCGUCCUUGUAGAUGAAUUUGGCAAGGGAACGAAUGGUGAUGACGGUGCGGCUUUGCUGGCUGCAUUGCUGGACCACUACCUUUCACUUGAGUCCGACUGUCCCCGUCUUCUUGCGGCGACGCACUUUCACGAAGUGUUCGAGAAUAACUAUUUGGCGCACCAUAGCAGCUUCAAGAUUGCGCAUAUGAAUGUAAGACUGGAACAGGAGGCCUCGCUUGUAGACGACCAAGUCACUUACCUGUUCAACCUUGAGUAUGGCCACAAUACUUCCAGCUAUGGGGGUAGGUGUGCAGCUCUGAAUGGUGUACCGGGCUCAGUUGUCGACCGUGCUGAAAACGUUUCCCAACUGCUUGCCCGCAAUGAAGACUUGGGUGCGGUUUGUGCUCGUCUAUCUCCAAUGGAUGAGGAUGUCUUAGAGAAAGCAGAAUUGACGGCGCGGCUCUUUCUCGCCCGAUCAUUCGAUGAUGAGGAUGAAGAUAUAUCGAGCGAGGCUGGAGAAAACACCAGAGAUCCUGCCAGGGAUAUACUGGAAUCUAUCCUUUCUUGA